AUGGACCACACAGCCAAGAUGGAAAUUAACAUCAGCCAGCAGCAGCUGAUGCCGCCCGCUUGUUUCUUUUCCACCGCAGCGGCGCAAAGCAUCCAGUUGAGCCCGAGCGGCAGCAGCCAAGGCAGCGGGAAGUCUGUGUCCAAGCAGCCCAAGAGGCAACGCUCUUCAUCGCCGGAGCUGCUGCGGUGCAAGCGGAGGCUGAAUUUCGCGGGUUUUGGCUACACUCUGCCUCAGCAGCAGCCGCACGCAGUAGCCCGGAGGAAUGAGAGGGAGCGCAACCGGGUGAAACUGGUCAACAACGGCUUCGCCACUCUCCGGGAGCACGUCCCCAACGGCGCCGCCAACAAGAAGAUGAGCAAAGUGGAAACGCUGCGCUCAGCCGUGGAGUACAUCCGCGCCCUACAGCAGCUACUAGACGAGCACGACGCGGUGAGCGCGGCGUUUCAGUCCGGCGUCUUGUCGCCCACCAUGUCGCAGGGAUACUCCGCUGACAUGAACUCCAUGGCAGGUUCACCGGUGUCGUCCUACUCCUCCGACGAGGGUUCCUACGACCCCCUCAGUCCAGAGGAGCAGGAACUGCUAGACUUCACCAACUGGUUCUGAGCAUCUAUAUAAGAAAUAUGGAUCAACUCAAUUUACUGUUGUCGUGCGCUUGGGAUGGUCCCGGAGGAGGCAAGGUGUCCUCAAGAACAAGAUGCACUGACUACGCGUCCUUAAAGCCCGGUCCUCCCAGACAGACAGACAGACAGAUAGACAGACAGAAACGGCCUUAACGUCCUGAAAACUUGGGAAAAUCAGGCCCGAGAUCAGCGCCAAAGGAUUACAGGAAGACGGGUCUCCUGACAGCGUGGGAAUCCAAGCUUCUGUGCAUUUGCCCAUGAUAAACAAAAAAAAAACCCUAAAGUGAACUAAUGCUCCUCAGCAGCACAUUAAAAACAUUAUUUAAUACGUUGCUCUUCAACUAUGCUAAAUCCAAUCACAGAACACCAACCCUUUGGUAAACCUCUCAGACGUUUAAUUCAGAAAAUGCUUCCAAGUCGCGGAUUUAUUCUAUGAAAUUCUAUAUCAAACGCUUUUUUUUGAAAUAUAUUAAAAUAUUUUUGUAUGUAAGAGAUUUAUAGAUGUUUUGUACACAUCCUUUUGUAUAUAUUUUGUCUAUAUAUUGCGAAGUUGCUUCUAUAC